AUGUGGGAACUCAACGCUUGCAUGGUGUUGGACGGGAAGGAGCUGCAAGAACCACUUGAAGCCAUGAAGCCAGAAGACGCACCGCGCCGUGAGACGGAGGUGUGGAAGGUCGCCGACGUGAAGGCGCUGGCUAUUGUGGCCCAAAUGCCAAGUCCAGCCUACCAAUCGAUGAUUCGUAACGCGAAUUCUGCGAAUGAAGCAUGGGAUACGCUGCGUAAAUUUUGUGAAACAAUCACUUCACAACCGCGUGCAAUUAAGGAAAGAGCUGCAAAAAAUUGCUAG